UGGAAGAACAUACUUUAAUUACAAUAUGAAAAUUUGUCUCGUACUAUUUGCAUUGUUUGCAAUUGUUUGUGUAACAGCAGAAAAUUACACUACCAAAUAUGACGAUGUGGAUGUUGAUAGGAUUCUACAAAAUAAUCGUAUCCUAACUAAUUAUAUUAAAUGCAUGCUGGAUGAAGGUCCGUGUACCAAUGAAGGCAGAGAAUUGAAAAAAAUUUUACCCGAUGCUCUAUCUACAGGAUGCAGUAAAUGCAAUGAAAAACAGAAAUAUACUGCAAAUAAAGUAAUAAAUUAUCUGAGAACUAAGAAAUCAAAGGAUUGGGAACGACUUUCCGCAAAAUAUGAUUCAAAUGGAGAAUAUAAAAAACGUUUCGAUAAUCUAUCAUUGCAACUUACCAAAAACAGCUGAA